CCCGCGCCCUCGCCUCCGCUGCCGGCCCCGGCCCCGGCUCGCCCCGCCGAGCAUCGUUCCCAGCGCCGGGCGAAGUGGAGCCGGCAAGGCCAGGAAGACGCUGCCUCCUCCUGCUCUCCUCUCCCUGCCCGCCCGGCCGGGUCCGCCAACAUGGCGAGCGCCUCGUACCACAUCUCCAACCUGCUGGAGAAAAUGACAUCCAGCGACAAGGACUUCAGGUUUAUGGCUACUAAUGACUUGAUGACAGAACUGCAGAAAGAUUCUAUCAAGCUGGAUGAUGACAGUGAAAGAAAGGUAGUGAAGAUGAUUUUGAAAUUACUGGAAGAUAAAAAUGGUGAGGUGCAAAACUUAGCUGUCAAAUGCCUUGGUCCUUUGGUGAGUAAAGUGAAGGAGUACCAAGUGGAGACUAUUGUAGAUACCCUCUGUACGAACAUGCUUUCAGAUAAGGAACAGCUACGUGACAUUUCAAGCAUUGGCCUUAAAACUGUGAUUGGAGAACUCCCCCCAGCUUCCAGUGGCUCUGCAUUAGCAGCUAAUGUUUGCAAAAAGAUCACAGGGCGUCUCACUAGUGCUAUAGCCAAGCAGGAAGAUGUGUCUGUUCAACUGGAGGCACUGGAUAUCAUGGCUGAUAUGCUGAGCAGGCAAGGAGGACUGCUUGUUAACUUCCAUCCUUCAAUUCUGACCUGUCUGCUCCCCCAGCUGACUAGCCCCAGACUUGCUGUGAGGAAAAGAACCAUCAUUGCUCUUGGUCACCUGGUUAUGAGUUGUGGCAAUAUGGUUUUUGUUGACCUCAUUGAACAUCUAUUAACAGAGCUGUCUAAAAAUGAUUCCAUGUCUACAACUAGGACCUAUAUACAGUGUAUUGCUGCUAUCAGUAGGCAAGCAGGUCAUAGAAUAGGUGAAUAUCUGGAGAAAAUAAUUCCUCUGGUUGUAAAGUUUUGUAAUGUGGAUGAUGAUGAACUACGAGAGUAUUGCAUUCAAGCCUUUGAAUCCUUUGUUAGGAGAUGUCCUAAAGAGGUUUAUCCUCAUGUGUCUACUAUUAUAAACAUCUGUCUUAAAUACCUUACCUAUGAUCCUAAUUACAAUUAUGAUGAUGAAGAUGAGGACGAAAAUGCUAUGGAUGCUGAUGGUGGUGAUGAUGAUGAUCAAGGGAGCGAUGAUGAAUAUAGUGAUGAUGAUGACAUGAGCUGGAAAGUGAGGCGUGCAGCUGCUAAAUGUCUUGAUGCUGUGGUCAGCACACGACACGAAAUGCUUCCUGAGUUCUACAAAACUGUGUCACCUGCUUUAAUAGCCAGAUUCAAAGAACGUGAAGAGAAUGUGAAAGCAGAUGUUUUCCAUGCAUAUCUUUCUCUUUUAAAACAAACUCGACCUGUGCAAAGUUGGCUUUGUGAUCCUGAUGCAAUGGAACAAGGAGAGACACCUUUGACAAUGCUGCAGAGUCAGGUGCCCAACAUAGUGAAAGCCUUGCACAAACAGAUGAAGGAGAAAAGUGUGAAGACUCGUCAGUGUUGCUUUAACAUGCUGACUGAGCUGGUGAAUGUGUUACCUGGAGCCCUAACACAACAUGUUCCUGUCCUUGUACCAGGAAUCAUUUUUUCACUGAAUGACAAAUCGAGCUCUUCUAAUCUGAAGAUAGAUGCUUUGUCCUGUUUGUAUGUGAUCCUCUGCAAUCAUUCUCCCCAAGUCUUUCAUCCUCACGUUCAAGCAUUGGUACCUCCAGUUGUAGCUUGUGUUGGGGACCCCUUUUACAAGAUUACAUCAGAGGCACUUUUGGUCACCCAACAGCUUGUGAAGGUCAUUCGCCCUCUAGACCAGCCCUCGUCCUUUGAUGCUACACCUUACAUCAAAGAUUUGUUUACUUGCACAAUCAAGAGAUUGAAGGCUGCUGACAUUGAUCAGGAGGUGAAAGAGAGGGCAAUAUCUUGCAUGGGUCAGAUCAUUUGUAGCCUUGGUGACAGCCUAGGCACGGACCUGCCCAGUACACUUCAGAUCUUCUUAGAGAGACUGAAGAACGAGAUCACUCGGUUAACUACCGUGAAGGCCAUGACGCUGAUCGCUGGCUCUCCUUUGAAGAUAGAUCUGAGGCCAAUCCUUGGGGAAGGAGUUCCUAUUCUCGCUUCUUUUUUGAGGAAGAACCAGCGAGCUCUGAAACUGGGCACUCUUUCUGCUCUAGAUAUUUUAAUCAAGAAUUACAGCGACAGCUUGACAGCGGCCAUGAUCGAUGCUGUCCUGGAUGAGCUCCCACCUCUGAUCAGCGAAAGCGAUAUGCAUGUGUCACAAAUGGCCAUCAGCUUUCUGACAACGCUGGCUAAAGUAUAUCCUUCCUCCCUGUCAAAGAUUAGUGGGUCCAUUCUCAAUGAACUUAUUGGGUUGGUGAGGUCACCUCUGCUUCAGGGCGGAGCACUUAGUGCCAUGCUAGAGUUUUUCCAAGCUUUGGUUGUGACUGGUACAAAUAACUUAGGCUACAUGGAUUUGCUGCGCAUGCUCACGGGCCCGGUGUACUCGCAGAGCACAGCACUUACUCACAAGCAGUCUUACUAUUCCAUUGCCAAAUGUGUUGCUGCCCUUACUCGAGCCUGCCCCAAGGAAGGACCGGCUGUUGUAGGCCAGUUCAUUCAGGAUGUCAAGAACUCAAGGUCCACGGAUUCCAUCCGGCUUUUGGCUCUGCUUUCUCUGGGGGAAGUUGGGCAUCACAUUGACUUGAGUGGGCAGCUUGAGCUGAAGUCUGUGAUAUUAGAAGCGUUCUCUUCUCCUAGUGAAGAAGUCAAAUCAGCAGCAUCUUAUGCGUUAGGCAGCAUUAGUGUUGGCAAUCUUCCUGAGUAUCUGCCGUUUGUCUUGCAAGAAAUAACGAGUCAACCUAAGAGGCAAUACCUUCUUCUUCAUUCCUUGAAAGAAAUCAUUAGCUCUGCAUCAGUGAUUGGUCUCAAACCAUAUGUUGAGAACAUCUGGGCCUUGCUCCUGAAACACUGCGAAUGUGCAGAAGAGGGCACAAGGAAUGUUGUUGCUGAGUGCUUGGGCAAGCUUACGUUAAUAGACCCAGAGACUCUGCUUCCGCGACUCAAGGGGUACUUGGCAUCAGGGUCCUCAUACGCUCGAAGUUCAGUGGUUACUGCUGUUAAGUUCACUAUUUCUGACCAUCCACAACCCAUAGACCCGCUGCUGAAGAACUGCAUAGGGGAUUUUCUGAAAACCUUGGAGGACCCAGACCUCAAUGUCAGGAGAGUAGCCCUAGUGACGUUUAACUCGGCAGCACACAACAAACCGUCGUUGAUAAGGGACCUCUUAGAUACUGUGCUUCCUCACCUUUACAACGAAACUAAAGUCAGAAAGGAGCUCAUCAGAGAGGUGGAGAUGGGACCAUUUAAGCAUACAGUUGAUGAUGGGCUGGACAUCAGGAAAGCAGCUUUUGAGUGCAUGUAUACUCUUUUGGAUAGCUGUUUGGAUAGACUAGAUAUAUUUGAAUUCUUAAACCAUGUUGAAGAUGGCCUGAAGGAUCACUAUGAUAUUAAGAUGUUAACCUUUUUAAUGUUGGUGAGGCUGUCUACCCUUUGUCCCAGCGCAGUGCUGCAGAGGUUGGAUAGGCUUGUUGAACCUUUGCGUGCUACAUGCACAACUAAGGUAAAGGCCAACUCAGUGAAACAGGAGUUUGAAAAGCAAGAUGAACUGAAACGAUCUGCUAUGAGGGCAGUAGCAGCGCUUUUAACCAUUCCAGAGGCGGAGAAGAGUCCGUUAAUGAGUGAAUUUCAAUCACAGAUAAGCUCUAACCCUGAGCUGGCAGCCAUCUUUGAAAGCAUCCAAAAAGAUUCAUCAUCCACUAACUUAGAAUCAAUGGACACUAGUUAGAUGUUUGUCCAGAAUGGGGACCAUGAUGUUGAACCAUAUGAUGCACUGAAUUGACAGGUUAGGAGUAAGAAACAGGAAAGAAAACCCAGUAUCUAAUCUCCACAUCGUUCCACUUUAUUUAACUUGAUGGAGACAGUUGGCUUUUCCCAUUGUUGCUUUUCUAGCAUUUAUUCCAGAAAUCUAUUUCCAUCCUCCAGAAUUUGUUAACCACUCUUUUAUUUUACUGGAUUUGGCCACAUUUGGGAAUGAAAAAGUUGUAUGGAAAUAGCUUCCAAUAUCCAUUUUGCCCUGUAACGUUUAGGAUUAAAAUGCUGAAAUUUUGUGACCGUAAUUAUUAUUAAUUUUGGGUUUUUUUGGUUCCUUUUAUUCUCUCUUUCUACUUGUAAACAAAACAAAAAAGCAGGGGGAGGUGGGAAUCAAUUGUUCAGCUGCACCAUGUUUUUUGUAUGACUUUUUAUUCUUUUUUUUUUUGUUGGUUUCUUUGGUUUUGUUUCAGCUUCAUAAAUUUGGUUUGGCCAGCAGAUGAAUUCUGUGUAAGAUUUAUUAUAUUAGAAGGGUUUUUGGGGGGAGGGACAGUUAAAAAAAAAAAAAAGAGGCAAACCAGACAUAAAUGUCAUUUCUAAAGGUGUGGGGGGAUUUGAAAACAGCUAUCCCUGUUGUGCACACUGAUUUUGCAUGAGCAAGUUUACAAAAUAUAUAUUGUCUGUAAAACAGCAUGUGCAGUGUAUUCGUAAUACGAGUCAAAAGUUGAAGUCCUGCUGUAGCAGUGCAGGUUUCAGGCAUUUGGACAUACAGACCCUACAGAAGAAGGGACAAAUGAAGGUUGAUUGUCUCUUAACCUAGCUCCUUAAAUGCCAAGGGUAUGAACCUGCAGAUGUUCUGACAGUAAAUAUGGCAGUUCCUGCAGUUUUCAUGUUUCUUUAUUCCCAAAGCUGGAGCUCCUCAAAUUGAGGUGGACCGAACCAGAAGAUGGAAGCAAAAUAGGGUGAGAUGGAGGUAAAUUGAGCAGGGAAGGUGCUCAGUGGCUCCUGAAGUUGGGAUUCAACUUUGCUUUUGAUAGGGAAGUAUGAGGGGAAGUUUUCCUUCAGUUGCUUCUACCUCCUAUUCUUUGUCCAACAGCUUUUGUUAAGGCACUAACAUAUAUGGUAUUACCUAGACAAGUACUGCCAGACCUUCAUUCCAUGGUAGGGAACGGUUGUAGGACUGAUAGAAAGCAACCAGAUAGAAGGAAAAAAAUCUACUGUGGAUAUGCUAAGGUAAUCUAGAAGUGGACCAGAAGGAACUGGCAGUCCCACAUAGAACUGGAUUUGGGAACUGAAUAGCAAAAAAAUGGGGAGCCACUGCCUCAGACUGAGACUUGUCCUUACUUGGUUAAUGCAGUUGCUUAGUUCCCUUCUUUUUCUCCCUAAUGCCAGAUCUGAAUUUGAUUUUUCUCUGGGUAACUCAGAUUUUUUUUUUCAGUCUGGCACUUUGUAACCUCAUCACAUGGAUAUGUGGCAUAAACUUCUACAUAGACUAAACAAGCAUACAUUUUGGUGACCCCAGGACAGUUUCCUGUGAGCAUCAGGGGCAAAUUCUUACCUUACAGGGCUGCAGUUUAGGAAGAGCAGGGGAGAUACUGGUGCAUUUUUCUUGACAUCUCCAGACUCGUUCACUAGUAGCAAUUUUAGUGCUGUACAAGUUCUUUGGAACUGUAGCAUUCUCUGUCUCCAAGGUCUUCAUACUAAUGUAAGAGUCGUCUUCUAGAAGUAGAAAUAAAGGAGAAUAAACCUACCAACACUUCUAAA